GUGAAACGGUAAGAGACCAUCAAUUUCUGAAUUAAACAUGAAAAGGUUUUAUCAUUUUCCUGGGAAGUUUUAAAAGAAUGAAAUAAAUAUGCAGGUAAAAGAUAACGUUCUAGUUUGAAUUUGAAUUGAAUAGAAAUCUAACCUCAAAGUUUUCCGUUAUACUUUUAAAUUAUAUAUAAUGAAAAAAUAAUUUAGAAUUGAAAGUAUAGAGUAAUAUUAUUUGAUAAAAUAACUUCAAAUAUUAUAUUCUUGUGAUUAAUUUAUUGAUCAAAUUGAAAUAUUUUCAAAAAUGAUUUCAGUUUCAAACCUACCAGCUGAUCAAUUCGAUCAUCUGGUUUGCUUUCUCUGCUUUGUAGGUUGGGGUUCUUUGGAUUUUUGAUUCAGUGAUAAAAUCAAAAUUCUGAAAUGACCCAAAACUCUAAACUUUUAGUAGAAUUAUCAACAUUUUCCAGUGUUUAUUAGUCAAGUGAACAUAAUCUACGCUAAAUUAUCGUCGAAUCAACUUCAAUUUUGAGUAUUGGUUAGGACCCUACUACUUUUCAAAAUGGCGACCAGUCCGAAGUUCAACGGCGGUGAUUCGGAACACCUGUUUGACCCGAACUUCUCCGAGGAGAUCAGCCACAAGAUGCAGGUGCCGAAACGCAUCAAGGUGAACGGUGACAACGAGGAUGACGUAGUGAUGGGGGUGGGGGGGAGUCAGCCGGUCAGCGCCUGGCUCAAUGAGAAGAUCGACAUGCAUGUGCCUGAUCGUAUAUUGGUCAUUGGCCAGAAUGAGUUUUCGGGUACCAGAGGCACUCCCCUUGAAGCUAGUCAUGAGAACGCUGUUCUACGCCCUGAGGUGGAGAGAGUCAGAGUACAGACCCCGCCAAGCACAAUUACAAUGCACGAAUACAACUUCCCUUCAGCGGUGGAAGACCCCCCCGACCUGGGGUCGGCUCCACCCCCACCCUACCUCGCACGCCCCAAGGGCCGGCGGCCGCCUUUCGAAGGGCCAGAGGGGGCCAACUUCACCCCAUUGGAGGGCGGUGAUCGACUGAGGUCGGAGUACAACCCUUACAGAGGAGGAAUGGACUCAAGGAACGACAGUUUCAACGAUCGGUAUAGAAUGCAAAAUAUUUCACAAUACAGGGAAGGCAGAGAAUCUCCGGUGGGUGACGGUAUGUCAGCCAAUGAGGAGAUUGCUCACCUGCGCCGACAGUUGGCAAAACUGAACCGGCGCGUGAUGUCCAUCGAACUGGAAAACCUGCAACGUCAGCAGUACGAGAAGAUCGCCUGUGCGCUCAGUGUCGGCUACAUCGUGUGGAAAACCCUGCUUUGGCUCAGGAGUAGCUCUUAAAUGAGCAACAGAAGAAGGUGUAGAUGUGUUUUGGUUUAGUGAGCGGCGCUAUCUCUUGCUAAUCAAAAAGAGGUCACUAUUUUAUUCAAGAAGUCAGCAUCCAAAAAUAUAUAGGAAGUAAAACACGGGCUGUAUGUAAAUAUACUUUGAAAACUAUCAAGGUUUUAAGAAAACUGAUUGUUAAUUUUGAACAGGGUCCUCCCAAAAAGUUAAAAAUUCAUUUCUUGACUGAUUUUUUCGUUUAUAAUAUACCUGUAAUUGUUCAGUGAUCCCAAAAAUGUACUCGUAAAUUUAGUUUUGCAUGUAAAAUUUUCUUCGAUUAAUUUUGCAAGAUUUACAAAUUUAUUUUGAGUGUCUAAUCAAACUAUUCUUGACAAUAUUUUUAGAACGUUAUUUUGAUUUUUGUACCUUAAAUUAUUUUCACAAUAAUCAAGUGAUAAUCUGUUUAGUGCUAUUUUAUUAUUUUGUGAAUUACUUAGUAAAUAUCAAUUAUCCCAAUGACUCUUCCAUAAUUUCUAUUGGUUUUUGACUUGAUUGUAUCAAACUUUUCAUUCUAUUUCUGUUUGUAUGGUAUUGCAAAGAAGUGUGUUAUUUUGAUUUUUGUACCUUAAAUUAUUUCCACAAUAAUCAAGUGAUAACCUGUUUAGUGCUAUUUUAUUAUUUUUGUGAAUUACUUGUACAUGUUGAGAGUGGGAGAAAAUAUGCAAACCAAAAACAAAACAUGCCAAUUUGAAGAAAUAAAUGCAAAUAAAAAUGUUUUAAUGAUCUCCACAAAAAUAAACUGUGACAAUUUGAAAAAUAUGUGGAGUUUUCAACAAUGUAAAAUAAUUGAGGAAUUUGAGAAUUUUGGUAGAAAAUUAUCCGGGUCUUGAAGAUUUUACAUUGUAAUAGAACUUUAUGAAAAUAAUGUAAAUGCCAUAAUAAAUGCACUGGUUGUCAAGAAAUGCAGUUGUAUUCUCUUAGUAAUUAGAAUAUAUUGUUGAUUUUUUUUCCAAAAAUGUAGCCUAGUUUAAGCCCAAAGAUUCUAUCACGGAUUUUAUUGUCUGGAAUAGAUGAUACUAUUAUGUUGAACUUUUCUGUAGGAUGAAUUUUGUUGCUGAAAUGUUGACUAUUUUGAGGAUAGUAUUGAAUAUACUCAAUUUUCUGAGAUUUUGUGAAAGGAAAUAAUGUUGGUUGAUCCUUCGAAGUGUAGUGAUUAUGAUUGUUUACUUACUUUAUAAUUUUUACAGUUUCCUAUAAAUUUAGUUUCGAGUUAUGUGAAUAAAGUUGUGUAGAUAUUGUUGAUCCACUAUUAUGGCUUUUGUAUCAAUUCGCAUGAUGUUAAAAUUGUCGAAAUGUCUUUCCACUGAACUCUUUAUUAAUAGUGUUUGCCAUAUAUUUAUGCAAAAUCAAUAAAUUAUAGUACUAAAA